UGUAUCCAGAGUUCCUACGCAACCGCCGUUGUAACAUUGUCAGAGACUCGGAGUCGGAGACUCGGAGUGUGAUGUUUUUCGGCAAGAAUUGGUUCAUGAUUGAACUGCUAAUAUAAUUAGUUAAAUAUAUCACACGGAUUCAUUUUGUACUAAAACUUCUGUCUUCUAGAUAAAUAAUUUUUAUUCGUCGUCAUGAGUAAUAUUUUUACCCCUACAAAUCAGAAACCACUUACUAAUGUGGCUGUCGUCAGAUUGAGUAAGAAUGGCAAACGAUUCGAAAUUGCAUGCUAUAAAAACAAAGUUAUUAACUGGCGAGAUGGAACUGAAACUGACAUCAAUGAAGUUCUGCAAAUCCAAGAAGUUUUCACCAAUGUGUCAAAGGGAGCUACAGCUAAUAAAGAUCUCAUCACAAAAUGUUUUGGAACUUCUGAUGUAACAGAGGUUUGUAAGCUCAUCCUUAAGUCUGGGGACUUACAAUGGUCAGAGAAAGAAAGGAAAGAGCUACAAGACAAUCUCUUCAAGGAAAUAGCUAACAUAGUUGCUGAUAAAUGCAUUGAUCCUGAGACAGGGGUGGCUCACCAAUCAACCUUAAUACAGAACGCAAUGAAGGAGCUGCAUUUUUCUGUAAAACCUAACCAGGGAGCUAAGAAGCAAGCUCUUGAACUCAUUCCCAAACUCUCAACAGUAAUCAGCAUAAAGCGCGCCAACAUGCGUGUGAAGGUUUGCUUCCCUAGCAAAGAAGGCAAGAAGCUAAAGCCAAAAAUCCUGGAAUUGAUGACAGUCGAGAGUGAAGAUCAUGGAAUGGACACCACAAUGGUGGGCGUUGUAUCGCCAGGUCACGUGAAGAUCAUCACAGAACUGGUCCAGGAUGCCACUAAGGGCAAGGGCAGCGUCGAGGUGCUAAGCCUCAAGGACGUCGUUGAUGGCGACGCCAUCGUGUGAUGCCUUUCAUCAGAACGCAAUGUCAUAUUAAAAUUUGGUGACCUGA